CCCGGGCUGACAGACGCACAUCGCAUCUGCGCAAGAAAAUAAUAUCCAGGAAACGGAAGCUUCACGGGCGAGAUACUGUGCUCAGUGAGGAGGAGUCAUGUUACCCUUCAAGAAUCGAGUGUCGGCCAGGACCAUCAACGCCGUGCUCCUGGUGAUGUGCCUGUGCCUCGGCUUGAUCGUCAUGACCGGAUUCUCGUGCCGCAGCUUCCGGUACGAGGUGCGGAUCUCCGGCAGGCAGGAUUCCCCUCUGAUAGCCUUUGGGCUGUUGGGCGUCUCGUCGCACAGCGAUUCGACGGAAGCGCCCCCUGCCCUGAGAAACCAGGGAAACCCAUCAUCCGCGGGCGCGAAGACUUUCGACCCUACAAUGUUGAUUGGCAAGGAUGAUGUCCACGUUGAGCGACUGGCCAGGUUGGAGGCCACGAUUGCUGGGAUGCGUUACUUUUUGGUGCGUCACAUGUCGGAGUCCUCCGGCAGUGGGAACACCAGCCGAGCAGCUGCGACCCUCGUCAAGGCACGCGAGUACCUCAGGGUUAUGGAGGCAGAUGUAGCAGUUAUCAAAAAGACAGACCAAGCUGUCGACAGAAGUGUGGAAAAAAUGCACAGGCUACGGAACUUCGUCCGGAAAGAAAUUGAACGGCUUCAGAAUCCUGGUGACUGCGAGUCAGCGCCCAAACUACACUGCCUCCUGGACAACCCUUGGGGCUUUGCAGCUGGUGUCCAUGACGUGCUGUGGUGCUUUGUGGCAGCAUUGCAGAUGGGGCGCACGGUGAUUCUCAACAGUACGUCGUGGCACUACGCUCCCGGCGAGAGCGGCUGGUCAGAGGUGUUUCAGCCCAUUGCGGGCCGGCCCUGUAAUGGCGCUGGCACUGAGAACAUGAUCGUCACUGGCUACCCGGGGUAUGAUUCCAGUGUUAAGGAGCGUAGCAAAAUUCUUGACCUGCCCGCGUCUAUAGUGAAAGACUUGGUGGCAAACCAUGGGGAUCCUUAUGCCUGGUGGUAUGGCCAGGUCACGGCCUACAUUCUCCGGCUACAGAAUUCGUCACGACAGCUAAUAGAAGACUUCAAGAAGAAGAACGGCUAUGAGCAUCCUAUUGUAGCGAUGCAUAUUCGGCGCACAGACAAGAAGCGCGAAGCUGCAUACCAUGAUGUGGCCGAGUAUAUGCAGCAUGCCGAAGAGUUCUACAGUGCCCUUGCGCUCAAGGGAGUGGCUGCCAAGAAGCGUGUAUUCAUCGCUACUGAUGACCCUACAGUCAUUAGUGCAAUAAAAUCAAAGUUUCCAACGUACCUGGUUAUCGCGAAUCAACAUUCUGCAAGUGAGGCCUUCAACUUGAAAUCUCGAACGAAAAGCUCGGCCCUGAGUGGGAUGCUCAUCGACAUUCACCUGCUCGCUGAGUCGGACUACCUGGUGUGCGCCUUCUCUUCUGGGUUCUGCCGUGUCGCCUACGAGCUGAUGCAAGCCCGGUAUGCCGAAGCCGGUGCUGACGCAACAGGAAAGGCUGUGUCGGUGGAUGUUGAGUACUUCUACGCGUACGUGCCCUUCCCGCCUCGUCGAACAUUGUACCACAAUGAGCGUGUGUUCGGCAACGAGCUGCAGUGGAAGGCUCCAGGUGCCCUAGUGGAGCGAUCCGAUGCGAUGGCAUCACUGACGGAGGCACGCGAGAAGAUGUAUGCGGACGGUUUUAACACGGGCCGUCUUGUAGGCUCCAAACUAGAUGGCAACAAGAUGGUAUUCCCGCGUUUCAAGACGGUGCGAACAUAUUCCGUUGCACCCUACGCGUCUUUAAACCAGACCCGACAGUAGUCCUGUAUGUACAAAUGAGAAUGGGCGGCGUGCAGAGUGAUCACAUCAACAUGGCUCUUCUCCUCCGAGACUGGGCUGCCUUAGGUUUGCUUUCUCUGUUGAGCGCUAGGUCUAGCUGCCAUGACUCAAUAUGAGGAUGUGCUCUGCCGUGUGCCGUGGCGCUUGCAUUGACACCGGGAAAGAGCUUAAGGCCGAUGUUUUGGAGUAAAGUGUCCUGCAAGGUGGACGUAGCUUUACUCCUGGUAGUGUGGACAAAAACAUGCUGGUAUUGUGGAUUCUGCUGUAUGUUGACAAUGAAUGUAUAGUUUUGGUGCCUAAAGCUGCCGCCUAAGAGUUAUUGUUCACUGGUCGUACUUUCACUGAUACCUGAGAGGAGCUUGACACUGGAAUCACAGUGUGAAGCGUUUUGCAACAUUACACAGAUGUCUCUCACGAGGAGAUGCCUGCGAGUACCGGCUUUGCGAUGCCACGAGUGUUGAUGCAUAAGACCAAUUUCACCGUGAGACGAUGUUCGCUUAGCUGCGAAGGAGCGCUGUGGGAGCAGCACGUGUUGAUUGCGGACCACAAGCGUGCAGUGUGAUACGUUGAGUUAUUGAGGAGCUGGUUGUUUUAGCAUAAGUACGUUUUGUCUUAGUGAAGCCUUUUAGAGUGUGAUUGCGGUGAGUGGAUGGGCCAGUAAGAUUUUAUGAAGACCACGGGUGUUAGUUUUUGCGAUGUAUACACUACUGUAUAUAGUACCGCUACAUUGGGUGGGAGAAUUUCUUUUCACGCGUGUGAGUGCUGGUUGUACAAUUUUGGAAAGAUAUGCAAUUUGCAACAGUAUGAAUGGGAAUGCCUGAUUUGCUUUGCAAGCCAUUGAAUUUUCGUUAUUUAUUUUAUAUGAAAGAAAGAAGCAAUUACUAAAAGCUGCUUAUGUAGUAGCUUGACGUGGUGAUUGCCCAUCGAAGCGAAAGGAACGGACCGUUUACAAGAAAUACGUCCAAGAAGAUUUGUUUGAUUCAUGUUUAUGGAUUUUUUAUACAUUUAAAAAAAGAUACAGUACCUAAAUGUGCCCAGCACCUAAUGAGGCCUCCUGUACCUGCAAUAUCACUUAGCAAGGCGUGUUAUAUACAUAUACCUAAAUAUAUACAAUUUUCGCUUACGGACGACUCCGCCGACGCCGGCACCUGAUGUUCUACGACACGGGGUCCUUAAUUGCGUUAGUAUGGCGUGCACGUUACAAUGGAGGCAAUUGCAUUAUUCACUGCGUAACAUGAAAAGGAGAUGCGUGUUACAAUCAAGGGCACAUUAGAAUGAAGUAUUGAUGCUAUCAUCAUGCCGUGCUGGUGAAGCAGCGUACUGACCACGGCAAGGCAGAGAGGAGACACAAGAAUACCCGACAGUCACCGCUAAAGGGGCCCGUUGUAAUGGAAAUGAAGUUCAGUAAUGUGGACAAUUGUGCGAGUUGGUGACUAAUCACAAUACCGUGUUGGCGAAGCAGCGCACUGACCAGGACAAGGCUGGAACGCUCUUGAGCUAGUUCCAAGUGCCACUUCGAGGAACCGAACCUUUGUUGAAGUGGCUUAUACUGUAAGGAUCGCAAGAUAAUGGACAUGUCUUUGGGCUACUAAGUGCAAGUUAUGAAUGAAAAUUAUUGCUCUUUUUAAUGCAGGCUCCUCAGGCACUGAGUGACAAAUUUGUUGUUAGCACUAUACACAAUACCAUACAAAUGUAUGGUUUAGUCGUUAGAUAAAAAACAUAGAAGACUUGAAGCUCUCAUGUCAUCUGUUACAACGUUAUGGUGAACCAGGCAACGGCAAAGUUACUUCUGGCCAGUCAUUGCCGUAAUGAAUGUCGCCCUUGCCAUAAUUAGCGGGUGCGCUUUUUGUAUGCCCGUUCGCAUCUAUUGGCCAUCGUUUGACGUACAAUACAUAGAGUAGCAAUCUGGAAACUAUAUGCUGAUGUGUGCGCUGCCUGCUGCUGAAUUUCGUGGUGCACCAUUUAGAGGCAGCUGCCUUAGCAUUCAGCCGCAUGACGCCACAUAUCGGUGUUACAUGUGAGGGAAAUAAAUGUGAGGACUCCAUUGAACUGUGGGAAAUAGAAACAGGUAGACUAGAAAGGACAUGAAGAGCGCUAUAUAUAUAUAUAUAUAUAUAUGCUGUGAUUUUUGUAUUGACAAGAAAGUACAUUAGUAGGCUUCGAUUAUGCCUAUACCUUGGAUGCAACACGUGUUGUACACUUGGGCAUUUACUUGUGCCUCUUCAUUUAUUGUUUGUUAGGGAAACGUGUUAUUAUCCGCCGUGGUUGCUAAGUGGCUAUGGUGUUGGGCUGCUAAACACGCGGUUGCGGGAUUGGAUCCGCAUUUUGAAGAGGGCGAAACACAAGAACGCCCGUGUCCCGUGCUUUGCGAGCACGUUAUAGUUCCCCUGGUGGUAAAAAUUUUCCGGAGUCCCCCACUCAACAUCGUACCUCAUAAUAAGAUAGUGGUUUUGGCAAGUAAAACCCCAUAAUUUUUAAUUUUUAGAAGGAGCCAUAGCACCCUUCCCUACUAAAUGACUCUGCUGUUUCGGUGUAGAGUGGUUGUUGACAAGCUUAUAUUUAUUGCGGACUAAAUAUGUGUGCUGGUUAUGAAUUCUAGUCAUAGUGUUACGUUAUGCUGUGCACGUUGUGCUGUUAUUCAUUUAUUGUAGAUAACUGAGUAUAUGUUAUUCACUUAAGUGCGGGUUAUGUCAGCUACAAUUUUCUAUAAGAUGCAUGUUAGUUGUAGGAAUUUACAAAGUUGUGUAUUGGAGGCCUUUGAUUCAUACAAUAUGGCAAUUCGGAGUGUGCAAAAUAUCGUGAGGACAUUUUCAUUUGCUAUUCUUCCAUCGAAAAUUUACAAACUAUUAUAAAAGCGAUGGGGCACAGAAAUUUAUUUCCUCUGAGAAAUGGUAAGUUGAUUGACGGACAUCUAUUGUGAAGAUGACCUACAAUGCGAAGUAGGGCCAAACAAUGAAAUCGUCCUUACCUCAGUAAGGAAGCCUUCAUUGCUGUGAGGCGAUCUUAUGUCACUCUGAAAGCUUCCUUACUGAGAGGCCCUCAGUGAAGGCUUCCUUGGUGCUUCCUCAGCGUAAGGUAGCUCCGAAGCUACCUUGAUGCGUCCUUACGUCGCUCCUGGCCCUGAACGAGUGCUUCAUCUCACUGCUUAGCCAAGUGGCGUUUGCUUGCGCACGCGCGCUCUCGCCUGCCUGCGCAGAAGCGCGAGCACGGUACGUUUUGACAGGCAUGUUCAUUUGAGUCGUACGUUCCCCAUGAGCGGCGUUCCUAGGCGUUGCUAAGCGUUGCAGGACGCCGGCGUGCCAGCGUUGCUGGAGCCCAUAAAGUUUUGCGCUAUGGUGUGGUACUUUUUUACGUUUAGUAAACAAAACUAGAAGAAAGUGUACACGCGUCUCUAUGCUAGCGCUUCAAUUAAAAAAAUUAUGCGAUGAUACAACAUAUCUUUAUUGAAUAAUGGUGUUCGCAUGAAGCUUUAAAGAGAUCCUCUCGAACCCAGGCAUGCGGCAACGGUUCCUUACGUGAGGACGGGCGAAGGAAGCUUUCUGAGUACGCUUGCUUCCUCCAUCGCCUCUCGCUGUAAAGAGGCCUCACGUAAGGUUAGGAAGCGGUCGAAGGAAAGGAACCUUUCAUUGUUUAGGCCAUACUCAAUCAACUGGGCUCAUUUUCAUUUGACGUUUAUACAUAUGCAUGUGUCAUUAACAUGUCCAAGCUGCACCAGAGUGCACAGUAAUGUCGCAUUGUAUUGAUUAGACCUCGCGCGGCAGUUGUUUUAUUUUCUUUUCUGUUUGUGUUUCUGUUAAUUCUGAUUGUUUCGAAUGAACUGAGUGAUAUAUGGUCUGCACUAUCCAAAAACCUAACGGAGCAAUUGACAAUAAGUGACUGAACCAACCUAAAUGUAGACAAGAAUUGUUUGUGAGUUGCAAAAAUGCAUUUCAUCGCACUGUAGAAUAUACUUUCUUACAGCAUAAGUAUGUGAUGGCCACAUGCCUACCUUGCCAUUAUUUCAAUCCUUGCUUUUAGGGUAACAAUUAUGACACUCGCUUUCCUUUUUAAUGUGCAUCAUUCGUAAAGUGAGCCAGUGCUGUGAUAUUUACUGCUCCUGAACUUUCGUUAGCGACAAUUUUGAUGAACUUGUGUAGCUCUUCCUAUAACCAGCCCAAGCGCAGAAAUUUGAAUCUUCAAUGUUGAGACUGCUGCCUCCUGAGCGUUGUUAGCUGAUUGAGACAACACCACUGCUCUUUGCGACAUGAUGCAGACUUGUAAAGUAAACCCAUGUGGAAAUUUCAAAAAUUGUCUUCUCAUUUUGUUACCUGCAAUGCAAACGUUCAAAUCAUCGUGUAUUACAUCCUACCAAACAACCUCAGCUCUGUCACCGCAGUUGUCAGUUCUUGGUCAGAAAGUCAGGGGAGGUCCCUUCUGCUAUGCAUGUUGCAUGUAUUAUCCAUCCCUCUGUGGUCAGUAUAUGCUUCUAUGUGAACCACAGAUAAAUAUGAAAAAUAGGAAAGCCAUUGCCACGACACCAACGAGCGUGCCAAAGUGGGACAGCAGAUAAAGUAGCCAUGGUUUUUAGGUAGCUGACAGUACAAACACAUCUUCGCAAUAAGGGGUCUUUUGGAAAAGUAGCAGGGUUAGAAUUGUGUCAGAGACGGCUAAAAAAAUUAUCUGCUACCGCCUUCCAGGUUGCGAACUACAGGGUGCGUAUUGCAUCACAGGCAAACCAAGAAAGAGCUCUUGAUACGUCUCCUAUACGUCUUGAUACUUCUGGUACGUCUCCGCGUGUAUCUUCGCUUCCACAUCUCUACGUAUCUCAGUCCGAAAAAUAAGCGACUAAGAGAGGCAAUUAUUGUGCGUGUACGCUCAUUCUUAUUGAGGUGCAUUUUUUAAUUUCGCAAUAUAUAAACUAACCUCAUGUGAAGCGCCGGCUGUUAGAUAACUACUUAAUCAUCGACUGAAGUAGCAUUUAUUCAGGGUUCAAGACACGCAGUAGGUAUUGCUUGUCCUGCACAUUUUUUUUUCGCUUUGUGCACUGUCUCCCAAUAAUAUAAAUUGUUCAUAUUUUCUUCAAUGCAUGUGAUAUCGAUUGUUGCGAAGUUAAUAUGCUGCGACGAGUAUUGUAGCAAAGAUAAGGUUGCGUUAUUUAAGCUUGUACUGUUGAAGAAGGUGCCUAAUUCAUUGUUACAAAAUGCAGUGAUGUUCGAUGUGUCUGCUGUUCUGUGGAAAUAAUUUUGUUCAUUCUGUUUACAAGCACCAGCCUUGACUAUGGUGUCGUGUCAUGUGUUACUGCAGCUACUGCGAAGUGUUCUUCGAGGCAUUGUGUGCCGCUGGUUUCACAAUAAAUUUUAAUUAUGACA